AUGGUUAUAGGAAAUUUUGCAAAUAUUCCUCUCAGUGACUUUGCUCAUAUUUUUGUUGGCAGCGAGACCUCGGAUUCCGGAAUGCUGUCUUUUGUUCUUCUCGGCACGGUGUUGCCGAGGGAACAACAGCUUAACGAGGCACUGGAGCUUUCGCUCCCAGCUAAGGAGCACGAAGUAGUCAGAGAAAGUGUAGACGCGCCUUCUUCACACAAAAUCCAGCAUAACAGGAGUUCCCUGAGUUAUUCAGACCAGUGCAAUGGUCUUUUUGUCUCGAUGGCACCGAGGCGGUCGGCACGCGUAACCUUGACUACCGCUGUCUACGUUGUCACUAUUCUAAUAUUGGUGUCGAUUUGCAGGGCAGUCCACAACCGAGAACAGGUGCCAGGAUUGAUGCGUCGCAGGUUGUCUGAGGGUGGCGAGGGUAUGGAUGAAGACCAACUUUCCAUCGUAGAAGAAUGCUUGCAGUUAGAGGCAGACUUGGGGCUUCUUUACCAAAGGGCAACUUCCAGCCCCGACAAGAGCGACUCGUCAAGCCGGAUAGCGGAGCUAGUUUCAAUGCUGUCAGAUGCUGCCCAAGCGCAUGAAUCAAUGCAGGGGCGUUCUGUGGCGUUCGGUGGCAUAUCCACUGGUGAAGUUGUCCCCGAUGAAAGGCAGUCAAACAUAAACAACAAUUUGCUUAAAUGGCAGCAUGCUUCUUCAUCUGGAAGUGAUGUGCUGAGAUAUAUGCAAAGUGGUUACUCGUCAUUGCCCGUUGAACCGCGUUUCAGCAGUGUUUCUCCAGCUUUGGAUGUGGCCAGUUGGAUACAAACCGUCCCGUGCACAAGCAUUCAGGCUGAAAGACAGGAGGCUGAUCGGGCAUUUUCGGUUGAUUGUGGUGCGUCAAACGCUGGAAAAGCGUCAACAACGUCUGUUUUGACUCCUCCAUCCGCAGAAGUUAUGACCCAUCCAUAUGUCCGACUGCCAGUGUUGGAGGCUGGUGUUGUACCUAGGGACAUCGACACAUCUAGAUUGUUCUCUUCGCAUGGGCUGGAGAAGCCCCGCUUUUGUCAUGCGCUGGAGAGGCCGCUCUUUUCGCAUGCGUUGGACAAGCCCCUCGCUGCGGAAUUACACAAGAUGCGAAAGUUGUUUGUCAAGAAAACCCUCAACCAGGAAGAUGCAGAUAACCUCAUUGCUUCAGUAGAAACGUUGACAAGCAUUAUGUGGGCUCGAGCGCAGAGAAGGCACAGGGAUUUCAGGCCAUUUGCUAUUGCUGGACUCUACGCGAUCAAUUUCUUGGCAUUCGACUCUCUUGUGUGCGCAAUGCAGCUUUUGGGGGACAGUUUAAAGGUACAUCUGUGGUGGAACAACUUUGUUGAUGCCUUCGAUUUCCGUUUACAUCUAAAGAUGCUACAGGACUCAGGAGCUGGACCUGGAGGAUUUUGUAGGAGGCUAGCAAAGCGCCUGGCUCCUGUGCUUCUCGUCUACAAAGCGGGAAAUCGUGCGGAUCUUGCGGAAGUCCUUGCGCUGAAAAGGCUUGUGUUUUGUUCCCAAGAUAGGCCCAAGUAUUUUAAAUCGCCUGAGUGGACUCCGUGGCAAAGGGAUGGAGGAUGCUAG